AUGUUCUUCAAGUCCUUCUCGAAUGCGCAAUCGAAGCGCGCUUGGGAACUAUUAGACGUACCAUCAUCGGAGAUCUUCCUACGUCGAGCAGAUGCAAGAGUCGCGGUUCUCGGCGAUUAUGCCUACAUCGAUGGCGGCGAGGUCUCUCAGCUCGAUGCGCGAGGUAACCUGAUAACGUCGCGAGGCUCCAACGCAGUGAACUCCACAUUAUCGAUCGAUUUGACGACGUCAUGGUCCGCAACCAGCGUCAGGAUCAGGGAGAUCACGAAGACGCCGAAAACGAUGGAUCAACAAGCGAUGUGGAAGAACGACGCGAAGAAUACAUUCUGGAUCUGGGGCGGGCAUAGCCCAUUUGGAGCACCAUUAGACGAGCCCACGUCUUGGAAGUUCGAAGCGGACGGCAAAGGAGGUGGCACAUGGUCAAAGGAGACGCCGGCAAAUCCAACACUUUUCCAGGAACUGCGACGGAAUGAAGGAGGCGCAUUCGCUAGCACCCCCGACGCUGGGUUCUGGUUUGGAGGACAAUCAUCGGGCUGGACGACCUCGAACCCAUACUCGCAGCCACUCCCCGGUAUUCUCUCCUAUAAUAUGACCACGAGGUCUAGGGCGAAUGAGACAAAUGAUGCAUUCUCCAAAUACGGCACAUUAACGGGGGGCUCUGCGACCUACAUCCCGACUUUCGGUCCGAACGGUCUCAUCACCAUAAUGGGCGGCGCGACAUGGAGCCUUGAACCAGAUCAGGCGAAGCCCCUCGGGUGGCAGGACUUCAGUAACUUGACAUUCAUGGACCCAGUAACCAGAGACUGGUACUGGCAGAAGACGACUGGGAACGCGCCUACUCCCCGUAGCAACUUUUGCAGUGUUGGAGUCGAAGGCAACAACGGAACCUACGAGAUGUGA